AAGAUGUUAAGAUUAGGUAGUAUGAUUUCCGCUUUAGUGAAGUAAACAUGGCCUCGACGGUAGCUGUCAUCUUCUUCCUUGCAGCUGCUUUUGUGACUUCUACUGUUGAUUCCGUCAGCAAUUAUUAUGCGUUUGCAAGAGUUGAGAGCUGCAGUGGUUGUCGCUUGAACCGGCUCCCAGAUGUUAAACAAUUUAUUUUCGAGGAUGUACCGAACUACAAUAAUGUGGAAUUUAAACAUAUUCAAGGAGCAGUCCCAGAACUUCUUCUCUUCAAUGAAAAUGACGAGGAAGUAGAAAGGUUGCCUUUGUCAAGUUUAACUCGGGAAGAAUGCAAUAAUUUGCUAGUUUCUAAAGGUUUCACAAAAAAAGCAACAAAAGAUGAAAUAUAGAAAAUGAAAAAUGUAUAAGUAUCUGUAAAUUUGAGAAAUAAUUUUAUGAUAUUUAUUAUUAACUUACUCCUAUAAACAUGUCUGUAUUAUUAAUUGUUUGUUUUAAUAUUAUCCUUUAAUGUUUAUUUGUAAAUAGAAUUAGGCAUUACUUCGAGUAAAUAUCCAAUUAAAUAUAGUAAUUAUAUCCUAAACUUAAAGUUAUAUGUGUAAAGUAGCAAAAAGGAUUCAUUAAACAUACAUAUUUCAUAUGUAUAACUUCAUAUAUUGCACUCUCUGAAUAGUUGAAAAUAUUAAUUAUCAUUAUAAGCACCAAAUAGUAAACAAUGUAGGGACCUUUUAAUGCACUAAUUGCUGUUUUUAAGUAUCUCAUUUUCACAUAGAUGAGGGAGAGUUAUGUUAUCUCCCUGAGGAGCUGCAAUCUGUGAUACAACUGCUAGAUCCAUACUGUGACAAAAUCGAUCAUUAUAGGAUAUUUGGGCUUCCUUACUCAAAAGUUUUAGUUGUCAUGCGAUACAAAAAUUUAUGGAGUAAUGAAAGUGGAAAUAGCUCCUUAUACAACUGAAACUUGUGCAGUAGGGUAUCCUAUGCAUAUUCAUUUUGUUCAUACUUUGCACGAGGUUAUUUUUUAUUUACUGUAACGUAAAUUUGAAUAUACGAGCACAUCAACAAAAAAUUCAGAAGCAAAAACAAAGUUAAAAUAUAGUUGUGGAAUGUACUAAAUAACUUAAGCAAGUUACAUUAUGAUUUAAAUUUGUGUUACUAUAUAUGUACAUCUGUAAUCUCCAAUAAAUCAUACAAUUUAAUAUUCAA